AACUAAAAAUUCCCUCCUUCCCUCGUUUUCUGCUCACUUUCUCCCAAACCCUUCUCUUUCUAACCCUCAGAUCCCAUUCCUCCCUCCCAAAACCCUACACCCCUUCACUUUGGCUCACAUCCUCUCCGGUUUCCCCAAAACGCUCAGAUUGUGCUUCGAAUUACCAAAACCUCUCACAGAUCCUCCACGCGAGGAAACUCAGGGCUCGAUCACUCGGCCAUCCAUGUCCGGCGGCGCUCGAGCUCCUAACCGUCCGGCACCUCCGCAUACCGGGAUGGUCCAGAUCCCACCGCCGCUGCCGAAGCGUAACCUCACGGCGCUCGCGUCGACGAAGCCGCCGUUUGUCCCUCCCGAUGACUACCACCGCUUCUCUUCUGCCGCCGAUUCUCGCAGAGCAUCCGCCGCCGCCGAUCAUGAAGCCGAAGCUAUUGUCGUUAGAUCGCCCCAAUUAAAGCGGAAGAGUGGAAUAGACAAGAAUGAAGUUCAGUCUAUUGAGUGGAAUGCCAGUCCUGGAUUCACUAGUGUAGUUAACAGUCCCCUGAGCACACCGGUGUCUCUAAAAGGUGGAAGGAUAUACAACAGAUCAAAGGCUUCAAAGGGCAGCAGAUCUGGGCCUCAAACACCUGUGUCAAAUGCAGGUUCCCCUUCUCCUCUUACUCCUGGCAGCUGUCGUUAUGACAGUUCCCUAGGAUUGUUGACAAAAAAAUUCAUCAAUUUGCUCAAGCAAGCAGAGGAUGGUAUACUUGACCUAAACAAAGCAGCUGGAACUUUGGAGGUGCAGAAGAGGCGGAUAUAUGACAUCACAAAUGUCUUAGAAGGCAUUGGUCUCAUUGAAAAGAAGCUCAAGAACAGAAUACAUUGGAAGGGACUUGAUGCUUUAAGGCCAGGGGAGGUGGAAGACGAUGCCUCUAUGUUACAGGCAGAAGUUGAAAACCUUACCCUGCAAGAGCAAAAUUUAGAUGAUCAGAUAAGGGAAAUGCAGGAAAGAUUGAGAGAUUUGAGUCAAGAUGAAGAUAACAAAAGGUGGCUUUUUGUAACCAAAGAAGAUAUCAAGAGCAUACCCUGCUUACUGAAUGAAACCCUGUUAGCAAUUAAGGCUCCACAUGGAACCACGCUGGAAGUCCCAGAUCCAGAUGAAGCUGUUGACUAUCCACAGAGGAGAUAUAGAAUUAUUCUUAGGAGCACAAUGGGUCCCAUUGACGUCUACCUCGUCAGUCAAUUUGAGGAGAAGUUUGAGGAAAUGAAUGGUGUUGAGCCACCCAUGAGCUUCCCAGUGGCCUCAAACUCAGGUUCUAAUGAGAACCCACCCACAGAAGUGGUCGAAAUUAAGAGCACCAGCAAGGAAAUUGCACCUCAGGCCCAACCCAGUCAUCAAAUAUGCUCCGAUGUUAAUGCUUCGCAGGAUUUUACUGGAGGCAUGAUGAAGAUUGUUCCCUCAGAUGUUGAUAAUGAUGCGGAUUACUGGCUUCUGUCAGAUGCUGAAGUUAGCAUAACAGAUAUGUGGAAAACAGAUGGCGUUGAGUGGAAUGGAAUGGAUAUUCUUCAUGCUGACUUCGGGAUAGCUGAUGUCAGUACUCCCAUUCCACAAACUCCAAUAUCUGGGAUCACUGAAGUGCCCUCUACAGCUGUUAACUCCACUCAGAGAUGAAUGUGAUUUGCCUGUGGCACUUAAUCAAGAAACUCAUGUCUUUAUCCCGGUAAUGACCUUUGUGUUAAAAUUAUUGUUUAAAGAUGCCAAAGGCUUGCCUGGCAAUGAAUGCUGGCGAAGCUUUUGGAAGAAGCAAUGGAUGUCGGCUAGGGCUAAUUCAUAUACUGUACAGUUGAGGGCCCCGUGGUAUGAAUAAAUCGGUUCUCUUGCAAUUAAGAUGGUGAACGUUUACUACGGAAGGUAUAAUGCUUACUUUAUUAUGGGUGCAUUGGAUAAAGUUAGGGCACACGCUAGAAAGGAACAAGGAAUAUACAUGCAUGGUCUCAUUAUAUAUGCGGACCCAUUCUUUGUCUGCAGCACCUUGGUGUCUAUUUGGAAAAUUGAGGAAUGUUGCAAAUGUUAACAUGCUGUAAGGUUUGUGUAAUGGAUAUUAUGGGGUUGCAUCCAGCUAUAUUACCUGCCCCCAUACUGAUCUAAUUGUAUGUUUCUAGUCUCUGUGAUUGUAAGCAUUUGAUAUUCCAUUAUGGUGAUAUAAACCUUUCCUUUUUCAUAUUC